UAGCCAACAGUUUGUGCCUGUCCGUCAAAGUCGCAAGAUGAAGUUUCUCCACCUGGGUCUAUUCCUAUUCCUGCUGCUGCAUCCUGGUACGCUUGGAAAACGUUACCAGAAGAUGCAUGCUGCGGAUAUCCCUCGAAUCGAUGGUCGCAUUAUGGGCGGUCAGACGGCUGAAGUUGGCUCUGCUCCCUAUCAGGUUUCGUUGCAGCCCAUUGUCGGUUAUCACAACUGCGGUGGUGCCAUCAUCAAUGAACGUUGGAUUGCCACCGCCGGACAUUGUGUGGAAACAUUUCCACCGGAAUUUAUUGUCGUUGUAACGGGUACCAAUCGCUAUAUGGAACCCGGUGCGGUCUACUACACCGAGGAGGUGCAUCUGCAUUGUCUGUACGAUCAACCCUAUAUGCACAAUGAUAUUGCGCUUAUUAAGCUCACCCAGAACAUUACCUUCAAUGCAUUGACACAACCUAUUGCUCUGCCCACGCGUCCUACGCGUGAGGGCGAUGAGAUUGUGCUCACCGGCUGGGGCGCUGAGGUGGCCUAUGGCGAUGCUAAAGAGGAUCUGCAGAAACUUGACUUGGGCUUUGUCAAACUAUCCAAGUGCUAUGACAUUUUCAAUCAGACCAGCAACAUGGGUGUCGGACAUCUUUGCACCUUCUCCAAGCAGGGUGAGGGCUCCUGCCAUGGAGAUUCGGGUGGUCCGCUUGUGAGCAAUGGCGAACUUGUGGGCUUAGUCAACUGGGGCAGACCUUGUGGUCAAGGUUUCCCGGAUGUGCAGGCUAAUGUGUACUACUAUCUGGACUGGAUCAGGAAUGUGCUGAGCGGCAACUCCAAAUGCAGCACGUGAACUUAACUGAAGCAACUAAUAAAGAAUUGA